AUGUCUAUAACUUUCUUUGUCACUGGUGAUAAUCAUCUUGGAUAUUAUGAAAAGAAUUUAACACUAAAAGAUGAUUGUUAUAAAUUAUUUGAACAAUACUUAAAAGAGGCAACACAAAAAGAAGGAAGUAUCUUACUUCAAUGUGGUGAUUUAUUCAAUGACUUAAGACCAAACAAGGCAUGUGUUUCAAAGACAGCAAAUCUAAUAAAAAAGUAUUGUAUUGGCGAUGCAGAUAUUUUGUAUACAAUAAAAGAUGAAGCUGAAUUAUCAUAUCCAUUAAAUAUAACAGAUCCAUAUAUUAAUGUAAAACAUCCACUAUUCACAAUUCAUGGAACAAAUGAUGAGCCAAGUGGAUAUAAAUUAAUUGCAGGAAGUGAAAUAUUAGCGUCAUGUGGAUUAGUGAAUUAUAUUAGUCCAAAAUCAUUUGAAGAAGAAAAAGUGUUAAAACCCGUUAUUAUAGUAAAUGAGAAUACCAAAAUUGCAUUGUAUGGAUUAUCUGUUUUAUAUUCCAGUGAUCUUGAUGAGAUUGUGGAAGAUGAAACUUUUCAUAUAAAAAAACCAAAUGGAAAUGAUUGGAUUUGUAUUCUUCUUCUUUACAUUGGUAAAGGAACUUUAAGCCAAACAACAAAAGACAUUAUAGAAAGACAUUUUAACAUUAUUAUUUUAGGUGGUCAACAUUCAUGUAAUAUUCCAACAGGAGAGUUUAAUGAUCCAGUUAUUAUUCAACCAGGAAGUCCAUUUUUCUUAUCCUUUGAUGAAUAUGAUGAGAUUGAAAAAGGAUUUGUUAAGAUAGUUGUUGAGGGUCAAAAGAUUUAUAUUGAAAAGAAAGAAUACAAACCGAUUCACCGAAUGAUUAAGAAAGAAGUUUAUAUUCCAGAAACAUUAAGAGACUGUGUUAUUUCUAAAAGAAUUGAAGAUUUUAUUCAACAAGAAAUGAAAAAAUGUAUUACAGAAGCUGUUAUUAAAGAGAAUGAACAAAUACUUUUAAAACUAAUAGUAAAGGAUUGUAAUCAAGACUGUUAUCCUGACACAAAAAAAAUUAGUUCAUUAUUAGAAGAAGAUGUUGUUAAUUUUAUUGAUUGUAUUAAGGUUAAAAAAUGGUAUCGUCAAGAAGUUGAAAUGAAAGAACUUACAAUAGAAGACCUCGUUAAUGAAGAACUUGACAAAUAUGAAGAACCAGAAAAAAUUAUUCGAAGAAAAGAAGUUUCUAAUUGUUUAGAGCGUCUUAAAAUGUCUUCUACAUCAAGCAAUAUUGAAUAUACUACUGAUCUUUGUAUGAAUGAAGUAAGUAAAAAAGCAAUGGAAAUUAGAAAUGAAGAAAAAGAAAAAGGAAUGGAAAGUGAUUAUAAUAAUAUAGUAAAUGAAGCGUCAAUUCAAAUAAAAGAAAAACAUGAUGAAAGUACUAUUCUUACAAACCAAACUUACACUAAAGAAGAAUUUUCAGACAUUCCAAAGAAACGAACAAUUUCUACUGCACCUUCUCGUAAAUCAUUUUUUGAUGAAAGUAUUAUUAAACAAGAAUUUAAACCUACAAAAUCAAUUUCACCAGAAAACAUUAAAACACUUCAAAAUUCUACUUAUGCUCAACCUCAUAAACCUUCACACUCUCAGAAAAGAAAUUAUAUUUCAAAAAUAUUAACAAAAGAUCAUUAA